CAACCCAAAAGGACCCUAAACCAAACCAAACCAAACCAAAAAAAAGCAACAACACUUCUCAGAUGCAGUCUCCUGCUUAAUUUUCCCCCAAUCUCUCUCUCUCUCUCUCUGGGUUCGGUGGAGAUGAAUCCGGGGGGCAGCGAUGGAGUCUCUGAAUCAUCUGCUGCUGCUGCUGCUGCUGCUGCUGCUGCUGUCAAGAGAAAGAAACCAAAAUAUUCGAGGUUCACACAACAAGAGCUUCCCGCUUGCAAACCAAUUCUAACUCCUGGAUGGGUCAUUACAGCAUUCGUUCUUGUUGCCAUCAUCUUCAUCCCCAUUGGCCUUGCAUCCUUGUUUGCAUCAGAGCAUGUGGUGGAAAUUGUAGACCGUUAUGACAAGAGUUGCAUUCCUUCAAAUUAUAGCAAUAAUGUGCUUGCAUAUAUCCAAAGCGCCCAAACUAACAAGACCUGUACCAGGAGUUUAACUUUGAAAAAUUUUCAGGUUCCGAAGCAAAUGAAAAGUCCCAUUUAUAUAUAUUAUCAGCUUGACAACUUCUACCAGAAUCAUCGCCGAUAUGUCAAAAGUAGAAGUGACAAUCAAUUGCGCAGCAGGGCAUAUGAGUUUGAUGUAGAAGACUGUGAACCUGAAGCAAAGACAGACAAAGGUCCAAUCGUUCCUUGUGGCCUUAUUGCUUGGAGUUUGUUCAACGAUACAUAUGGGUUUAUGUUGCAGAACAAAUCGCUUCAAGUCAGUAAAAAGGACAUAGCAUGGAAAAGCGAUCAAAGGCAUAAAUUUGGGUCUGAUGUUUAUCCUAAAAAUUUUCAAAGUGGAGGUCUGAUUGGGGGUGCAAAACUCAAUGAGAGCAUACCUUUAAGCAACCAGGUGGAUCUUAUUGUUUGGAUGCGAACUGCGGCAUUACCAACUUUCAGAAAGCUCUAUGGGAAGAUAGAGGUGGAUCUUGAAGCUAAUCAAAAUAUAACAGUAGUGAUACAGAACAAUUAUAACACAUAUAGCUUUGGAGGGAAAAAGAAACUGGUCCUUUCAACGACAAGUUGGAUUGGUGGAAAAAAUGAUUUCCUGGGCAUAGCAUACCUUACAGUUGGUGGACUUUGCUUAUUUUUGGCAAUGAGCUUCAUAGUUUUGUAUGUUGUCAAGCCAAGGCCACUUGGGGAUCCAUCCUACCUGUCAUGGAACAGAAAUCCUGCUGGGCAUCUCAACUAGACUUCUUCAGUGUAUAUGUGGCCCAUUCAUGACAUCUAUUCAUGUACCGCCAUUCCAUGCUGAGUUUCAGUCUCAUAAAUUCUUCUCCACAAGAAUUUCUACCUUCUCGGCUGCUUACUUCUUCAUGUUUGAAGACCUAUCCGUAUUAGUGCUGUUAUUGGAUGUCCUUUUUUCAAUUGUGUGCAAUGCCAUACAACGGUUUUUGUACCAAAAAAAUGGCAUGCAUUGGUUUUGUGCUAGACAGAGUUAUAAUUAAUAUUAUUUCGCUUUUUAGUUUUACAUUCUUAUCCAUAAAGAAGGCAACCUGAGUAACACUGUUAGCUAUUGAUGAUGCAAUUCUUUGGUCAUACAA